UAGAAUUUUCGAGAAAAAUGUAAACAAAGUAGCUACCUAGUUAAAAAUUUAUAGAUAGGUUAUUUCGAGUAAAAUAGGACUACAUAAAAGAAAUUUAGUAAUUAGCAGCUCACUAUUACAUAUCCAAUAAAAUAAUGGAUCAUCAAAAAGAAGAAAAAGAAAAUGACGAAGAAGUGAAAUCGGCAUGUUUAAUAAAAUUUGAAGCAUCUAAUCCGAGACAAUUUUCCACACUCCCAGCAGCUGUUGAUUUAAAGCGACCACCAUCGAAUUGGCUAAAUGGACAAAUUAAAUUGACACCUUCACUUUCAACAGUUUAUAAAUUCUCGAGUUUUCGGAUGGCUUUUGAUUUCUGGCGAGAACUUGGUGAUGUGGAUGUUAUAUCGGACUCUGAAAAUAUAAAAAACCUUCUGAAAAUCCCUUAUUCAGAUAAAAAUGUUCUUUCAUAUUUUGUUCAUCGUAUUGGCAACACACUUCUCAUCGAUGAUUUCGAUUUACAUAAGUAUUUGCUGUGGAAGACAGAAGAGGAUUGGCGUUGGUUAAGGUCAUUCAUCUACGAGAAUGUCCUGUCAAGAUUGAAUGAAACCGAUCGUAAACCAAUUCCAAUUCAACAUAAGACGAGAGAAUUCCUGGAACAGAAAAAUCUUCUCAGUAAAUUUUUAUAUUAUUCGAUUGAAGAUUCGAAGAGACCCGAAGAAAAAAAAUAUGUUCCGAUGCCAUUAAAUCAACCACUUCUCCCUCAACCGAAACGUGAGGAUGUAUCUGAUAAUCAAAAUCAUGAGUAUUCUAGAAAUGUGUUGUGGACUUUCGAAGAUAUUCGCAUGCUAAUCGGAAGCGAUAUGCCUAUUUUUGGUAAUCAAUCAAGGCCUUGCAUUAGUUUGAAAUUGAGAGAUAUGAAGAAGCCUAUAAAUGUUUUAACAGGCAUUGAUUAUUGGCUUGAUAAUUUGAUGUGUAAUGUUCCAGAAAUCUUUCUCUGCUUUCAUCAAGAUGGAAUUGUCCAAAAAUAUGAGCUUCUAAAAACUGAAGAUUUACCUUCUCUUGAAAACAGUAAAUUUUCACCGAAAGUCAUAAGAAAUGUUGCUCAGAAUAUUCUCAGUUUUCUUAAAGCUAAUGCAACUAAGUCAGGUCAUACUUAUUGGCUGUUUAAAGCAAAAAAUGACGAUGUUGUUAAACUUUAUGAUUUAACAACACUUCAACUUCUUGCAACAACUAAAGAUGAUGAAAACAAUGAGUCAAGCGAAAAGGAAAGAGAAAACGACCAAAAUCCUUUUACAAUUCCUGUUGCAAUGCUUCUUUAUACAGUUGCAAGGAACAUGAAGUAUUCAAAUGAAAAAUUAACAGCAAAACAAGCUGGUAAUAUAAAACAGCUUCUAGAUAAUUGUUUGAAGCUUCUUCCUAAAGACAAAUAUCCACAAAUUGUCACAUCAUCUCAUUAUAUUUUGUCGGAUAUUCAAAUACACGCUGGAAUGGAUCCAGCUAAUCCAUCAACUCCUUUCAAUGAAGACGAAGAUGAUUCUGAUGAAAACUUAGAAGAAAUGUAUGAAGAACAAUUGUCGGAUGAUGAAUUGGACAUUAAAGACAAUGGUGAAUGUUAUUCAGCAAUUCAAAGUAUUCGUGAUGCAAUGAAUGAUAAAAUCAGUACUAAUAAGUCUAAACUAUCAUCAAAACCAGCACCUUUAACACUUGGUGAUCUUCAAGAGCGAUGUGAAUUAGCUUUAGAAAAUGUAAUUUCUGGUUUAAAUUGUCUUCAAUAUUUUGAAAGUGAAUCAGCGAUAGCACGUGAGAAGCAAAAAGAAAAGGAACAAAUCAUUCACGAAGAACAGAAUCCAAAGUUGGCGAAUCCUGACGUGGCAAUCCCUAUGGGGUGGAGUCACAAGAAUGGAGAAAGCUCAAAGAAGAAAAAGAAAUCAAAGAAAGAUGAACACCAUACAGAAAAGGAAACAACUCAAAAUAGUAAUGAAGUUCAACUUGAUUCUAAAUCUCUUCUAAUGAAAGGAGCUCCAAAUGUUAAAACGUGGAACACGCACCUUAAAGUUUUACUCUUUGAAAAAGCUUCACUCGCCUAUGCUUGUUUAGCUGAAGAUUCUUAUAACAAGCAGAAGUUUGGUCAAAGUUUAAACUUCUUACAAAUGUCAAUCAUGUGUCAAAAUUUAGUCUCGAAAUAUGUCGCAGCAAUGAAAACUCAAAAAAGUUGCCUCUUUGGUCGGGCUGGUGAUUGUUAUUUCCAAAUCAGUAAAAACUUAAAUGAAGCUCAAAAGCAUCAGAAUGACUUCAUAGCAUUGGAGAAUGAUGUUGACAGAGAAAUAUUAAAGGAACUUGAAAAGGAAGAACUUGUUAAAAAUGAGUUUCGUGAGCCAUCAGCUAAUGAAGAAGAAAUGUUAGAAGAGAGUUGCAGAUGUUAUGAAAUCAGCUUGAUAGGAAAUAAAGAAUCAAAGUUUGAAUUAGUCAGGAGAUUAGGAAAUGUUUAUAAUGAACUUGGAGUUUAUUUGAUGCAAAGAUCUCAAGUCAUGUAUAAUGCUCGUGUUGAACAUGAAAAUUCGGAAAAUAUCAAAAACGAGCAAAAUUAUCAACAAAUUGCGAAAAAAUCAUACGACUUUCUAAUGAAAGCUGUAACAUUAUUCCAAGAUGCUGAAGAUUCUAUCAAUUUGAUCAUCUGUAAUUUAAAUCUUGGACGUUUCUUCAGACUUUCAGCUCACAUUAACAUUUUUCAAGAAGAUUCAACUACAAAAUCGCUUCAAAUCCAGAAGAAAAUGUAUCAAGAAUCAUUCAACAGCUAUCAUCGAGCGCUGGCUAUCUUGGAAAAUCGAAAAUCAAAUCCAGAACUUUGGGAUAUGGUAACAUGGGAACUUUCAACAUCAACAUUUAAUUUAGCAAAGCAAAUGCAAGAUUAUGGCGUUGCUGACAAAUCUACUGAUGAACUUGAACGUGAUGUUGUUGAAAUGCUUAUGAAAGCUUUAAAACUUUGUGAUUUAGAGACAAAUAAUUGUCGCCAAGUCUUAUAUUGCUUUCGAGCUGGUUUAAUUCAUCAUCGUCUUGGAAGUUUUUAUCAUCAAAGUUUGAGAUCCAUCACUGAUGAAACAAAAAAGCGAACAACUUUGCAACUCUGUCGUUUAAAUUAUGAAAAGUCAUUAAAUCUUCUCGAGUCUUUAAAGGAAUUCAAAGAUUAUUUUCAAGUUCAAAUGGAGAGAAUUGCAUUGCAGGAAUUAUUGGCAGAAGAUUCAUCGAAUGUCCAACAAAAGAUAAGAAAUUACCAAAUGGCUUUGACUUAUUUUAUAGAUACGACAAAAAUGCUUGAACUACUGAAAGACGCAAAAACUAUAAUUGAUUUUGAAGAGAUAACAUCACUUAUGGAAUUGUUUGAGAAACGUCUUCAACACAUACUUAAAACUCUGACAAAACUCACAAUGUCUGGAAAGAAGUUCGAUCUGAAAAGUGAUGCCUGCAAGAAAAUGUUUGCAUGCACAUUGCGAACAAAUCAAAAAUUGGAACUUCAAGAACUUGUUAAUCAUUUAUUGUUUGUUGUUGGAAAUGUUCAAAAUAUACUGAAGAGUGGCUCCUAG